AUGGGGCUACGCAUUUGUUGGCUUCCUGCUAUUUUAUGCUUCCCCCCUUUACAGAAACUAUAUGAUGCAGGCGCAAGGAAUUUCUGGGUUCACAACACAGGCCCCCUCGGAUGCUUGCCCAGAAUUAUCGCUACAUUCGGAAAAGACCCGUCCAACAUCGAUGAACAUGGCUGCAUUGUCUUGCACAACAGAGCUGCCACCAUUUUCAACCAGAAACUCAGAGAUAUCUGCCUUCAGUUCUUGGCACAAUCUCCCGAAGCCAACAUAACAUACGUCGACAUAUACUCGAUAAAGCUAAACCUUAUUUCAAACUCUUCCCUAUACGGAUUCCAUAAACCAAUAGCAGCAUGUUGUGGCUAUGGCGGAGCACCGUUGAAUUUUGACAACUGGGUACCCUGCGGUGUGACUAAGGAUCUGAACGUGACCAUUGUGACGGCAAAUCCAUGUAACAAUACAGCUGAGCACAUAAACUGGGAUGGUACUCAUUACACUGAAGCGGCGAAUAGAUUUGUUGCAGAUCAAAUACUAACAGGAAACUACACUGAUUCAAAUCAAAAUAAUUAG